AUGGCUCCUCUUUUUGGUCUGGUGUUUCUGCUCAUGAUUCAUGGAGUUUAUGGGCAGUGUGAUUGGGGUGUGAGUUAUGGCUCUUCACACAUCUGUGCAAUAAAGGGGUCAACAGUGACAAUCUACUGUACUUAUAAAUACCCUACUGAAUAUCAGAUCAUGAAAGCGUUCUGGACCAGAACAAAUGGAUGCUAUCCAGAUCUCUUAAUGGACCCUGGAUACAGUCAGAGGCUUCAGUAUCUGGGAGAUGAACAGCAGAACUGCACCAUCAGACUGAGUCAUGUGACACAGAAGGAUUCACAGAUGUACUAUUUCAGAUUCAUAACCGAUAAACCUGAUGGAUUGUCGACCAAUGCUCCAGGAGUGACUCUGACUGUCACAGAUCUUCAAGUGGAGGCUCCUGAGACAGUGACAGAGGGAGAUUCAGUCCAUCUGACAUGUAACAGCAGCUGCGCUCUGACUGGAAGAGCAACAUUCAUCUGGUACAGAAACUCACAGCCAUUAACUGAGAGAGGAGACAGAAACAAUCAACUCCUGCUGCAGUCAGUCAGAAGAGAGGAUGCAGGCAGAUACAGCUGUGGUGUACAGGAACACACUUACAUCUCUCCUGCUGUUCAGCUCGAUGUCACCUAUCCUCCACACAGCGUCUCGGUGUCCAUCAGUCCAUCUGAUGUAAUAGUGGAGGGAGAUUCAGUGACUCUGAGCUGCAGCAGUGACUCAAACCCACCUGCAGAAAUCAGUUGGUUUAAAAGAAGAACGUUUGUAGGAUCUGGAAGAAUCUACAGCAUCUCAAAGAUCAGCUCUGAUGACAGGGGAGAAUACAAGUGCAAGUCCAGAAAUAAACAUGGAGAGAAAUACUCUGAGACUGUGAUGCUGAAUGUGAUGUACCCACCUAGGAACGUCUCAGUGUCCAUCAAUCCAUCUGGUGUAAUUGUGGAGGAAAAGUCAGUGACUCUGAGCUGCAGCAGUGAUUCGAACCCACCUGCUCUGGACUUCAGCUGGUUUAAAGGAGGAAUGAUUGUAGGAUCUGGGAGAAUCUACAGCAUCUCAACGAUCAGCUCUGAUCACAGUGGAGAAUACAAGUGCAGGUCGAGCAAUAAACAUGGAGAGAAAUACUCUGAUGCUGUGACUUUAAACGUCAUGUACCCACCUAGGAAUGUCUCAGUGUCCAUCAAUCCAUCUGGUGUAAUAGUGGAGGGAGAUUCAGUGACUCUGAGCUGCAGCAGUGAUUCAAACCCUCCUGCUCUGAACUUCAGCUGGUUUAAAGGAGGAACAUUUGUAGGAUCUGGAAGAAUCUACAGCAUCUCAAACAUCAGCUCUGAUCACAGUGGAGAAUACAAGUGCAAGUCCAGAAAUAAACAUGGAGAGAAAUACUCUGAUGCUGUGACUUUAAACAUCAAGUACCCACCAAAGAGUGUCUCGGUGUCCAUCAAUCCAUCUGGUGAAAUAGUGGAGGGAGAUUCAGUGACUCUGAGCUGCAGCAGUGAUUCAAACCCUCCUCCAGAAAUCAGCUGGUUUAAAGGAAGAACGUUUGUAGGAUCUGGAAGAAUCUACAGCAUCUCAACGAUCAGCUCUAAUCACAGCGGAGAAUACAAGUGCAAGUCCUAUAAUGAACAUGGAGAGAAAUACUCUGAUAUUGUGACUUUGAAUGUCAUGUAUGCACCGAGGAAUGUCUCAGUGUUCAUAAAUGGAUCAGGUGAAAUAGUGGAAGGAGAUUCAGUGACUCUGAUCUGCAGCAGUGAUUCAAACCCUCCUGCUCUGAACUUCAGCUGGUUUAAGGAGAAUCAAAGCUCCUCUGUUGGAUCUGGACAGAGUUUCAGUGCACUACAGAGUGGACGCUUCUACUGUAAAGCUCACAAUCAACACGGAUCUCAGAGAUCAGAUGCUGUUACUGUCAAUGUCAUGUACCCACCAAAGAGUGCCUCAGUGUCCAUCAGUCCACCUGGUGAAAUAGUGGAGGGAGAUUCAGUGACUCUGAUCUGCAGCAGCGACUCAAACCCUCCUGCAGAAAUCAUCUGGUUUAAAGGAGGAACGUUUGUAGGAUCUGGAAGAAUCUACAGCAUCUCAAAGAUCAGCUCUGAUCACAGUGGAGAAUACAAGUGCAAGUCCAGAAACAAACAUGGAGAGCAAUACUCAGAUGCUGUGACUUUAAACAUAAUGUAUGCACCUAGAAACGUCUCAGUGUUCAUAAAUGGACCUGGUGUAAUAGUGGAGGGAGAUUCGGUGAUUCUGAUCUGCAGCAGUGACUCAAACCCUCCUGCUCUGAACUUCAGCUGGUUUAAGGAGAAUCAAAGCUCCUCUGUUGGAUCUGGACAGAGUUUCAGUGCAAAACAGAGUGGACGCUUCUACUGUGAAGCUCACAAUCAACACGGAUCUCAGAGAUCAGAUGCUGUUACUGUCACAGGUUAA